AGACCGAGGCCAGUCGGUGCAAGGCGGAGGUUAUUACAGGACACCCUGGUUAGAGGCGAUGCUGUUGGUCCUCUGCGAGGAGCAACAAGCGGCGCUCGCAGAACCGAGACGACUCGUUGUGUGGUUUUAAGCGAGACGCGGAUAUUCCUCCGCUAGGCUUCAAAGUCCUAACACCCGGGGGGUAUUAGGAAUUCCGGGGCUGUGUUUUUGUCUUUAUUUUUCCGCUGUUUUGAGCGUUUGGGCGAAGCGAAGCAGAGAACGGGGAGAGCGCAAAGCGACCGGCGCUGCUUUUUUUUUUUUUUUUUAUAUAUAGCGCUUCUCAGUUCAGCCGACAGAGAACCCGCUGGCGACACCGUUUACGGGACUUGAGAGCAAAUACUGGCGGAGACAUUGAGGAAGCCGACCGUAAGCGACGCGGACUCGUCGCGCCGCGGGCCACGUUGAUUAACAAGUUAUUAAUAGUCCACGCCGGAGUCUUUGUCUGAUGGCGACACAGACUUGUCUUGCGAGCGGAGGUCACUGAACCCGAAAGUUGCGCACCGCUGAUGGUGCAGCGAUACGAUGUUUAGUGUUUUCUGGUCCGCUGCUGCCAUUUCUGUCAUCUCUGCAGCCGUCGGAGCCGCGAGGCGGGCGGCGCUUGGAGCGGGAAGACGGCCGUCCGCGGCAGGCUGCACCGAAGUUGGACGUCAAACUAAUUGGUGUAACCCCUGAAAGGGCCAGAGAUCACCGGGCGCUUUCUGUUCUCCCCUCCCCCCACUCCUAGCCCUCAGUAAUGAAGAUGUGAACUCUCCCUCCUCCUCCUCCUCCUCCUCCUCCUCCCCUGUCUGUAGUCGCCUUCCCGCACGCUUUCAUCUCCUAGCCGCUCCUCCGUUCGGUUCCGAGAGAUCCAGCGCCGCCGGGAUGUACGAGAGCGCCGACGCUGGGAUCAUGAGCCCCAGUCCGGGGAGUCCCGGCCAGGUGUCCUUUCUCAGCAUGGACUACUACCACGAACCCCCGGGGCUGGGAGCGGAGAAGGGACCGCUGAGCGGCGCGGGAGGACUGCAGCGUCCUUUCGGGGCUUCCCUGGUGUCCGGCAGGCGCUGGAGCGGAUCCAGCCACUCCAUUGAGACGGAGAGCACGAGUUCUGGGGAGGACCUGCUUGUUCUCAGCCCGCCGUCACCUCCUCCACCUCCCCGUGUCUACAAGCCUUGCUUUGUGUGCCAGGACAAAUCUUCAGGGUACCACUACGGCGUCAGCGCCUGUGAGGGCUGCAAGGGUUUCUUUCGGAGGAGCAUCCAGAGAAACAUGGUUUACAUCUGCCUCAGAAGCAAAGUGUGCGUCAUAAACAAAGUGACGAGGAACCGCUGUCAGUUCUGCCGGCUGCAGAAAUGCCUCGAUGUCGGCAUGUCUAAAGAGUUGGUUCGAAAUGAAAGAACGAAGAAGAAGAAGGAGGAGAAGCGGCCGGGGGACUUCGAGGUCUACGUGCUGUCAGCCGACACUGAGGAGAUGAUUGAACGAGUCCGGCAGGCCCAUCAAGACACGUUCCCGUCCCUCUGCCAGCUGGGCAAAUACACCACGAGCGACAGCUCGGAGCACCGUGUCGCCCUCGACGUCAGCCUGUGGGACAAGUUCAGUGAAUUGUCCACCAAGUGCAUCAUUAAGACGGUGGAGUUCGCCAAACAGCUCCCCGGCUUCACCACUCUGACCAUCGCUGAUCAGAUCACGCUGCUCAAGGCGGCCUGCCUCGACAUUCUGAUUCUGAGAAUCUGUACGCGGUACACCCCAGACCAGGAUACCAUGACGUUCUCCGAUGGCCUGACUCUGAACCGCACCCAGAUGCACAACGCGGGCUUCGGGCCUCUCACGGACCUGGUUUUCUCCUUCGCCAACCAGCUGCUCCCUCUGGAAAUGGACGACGCAGAGACAGGACUGCUCAGCGCCAUCUGCCUGCUCUGCGGAGACCGUCAGGACCUGGAGGAGUCGCAUAAAGUGGAUGUUCUUCAGGAACCGAUGCUUGAAGCCUUGAAGAUCUACGUGAGGAGGAGGAGACCCGAUAAACCCUGCAUGUUCCCUAAGAUACUGAUGAAGAUCACGGACCUCAGGAGCAUCAGUGUAAUGGGAUCAGAACGAGUACUUACACUGAAAAUGGAGAUUCCCGGCUCCAUGCCUCCACUCAUCCAGGAGAUGCUGGAGAACUCUGAGGGGCUGGACGGCCACGGAGCUGGAGCGGGGAAAGGAAGAGAGGAGGAGGACUGACCGGAGCCGGGGCGCUGCCAUCCCAGCGCGUUGCCUAAAGCGCUCCCAUUUCUCAGCCCAGGUCUCCUCUCCCAUUCUCCUCCUCAUCCUGUUCCCCAGAUGACUUCUCAGCAGCUACAUGGACACAAACUGGAGGAGGGAGCAGGAUGUCACCCAGAUGCCGCGGACUCCUCUAAACGUUUGAACCGUCUGGGUCACUGGAGCCGUGCCGUUAGGACUCAAAUGUGUCCAGACAUCAUGGUUCUUUAGAAUUAUGCAAAAAAAAACAAACUCAGAUGUCACUUUUUAUCAUGUAGAAAAGGCUAAUGAUAUUUGACUAUAACUAUACAUGGUGGACAAUCUUGCUUCCCAGCUGUAAAUGACUGAUUUGUCUCAAACGUCCUUGAUUUCAAACGUUACAUAUGCAAAAUCAAUGUGAUGUAGUGCUUAUAGAGGGUUUAUAGCUCCACUGGAUCACAGUUCUUUUCCUAGUGUCAAAUGUGCUUAUGCAGCGUCUCCCCACCCCAUCGCAGCUGUCCACUGCCCACGUCCCACCAUCCCUCGGCUUUUUCCUUCUGUUUUCCUGUGCACACCCGCCAGAGCUGUGAAAGAAACACCAGUCCUUCACUGGAAUAGGAUCAAAAACUGGAGCCAGAUUUGUCUUUGUAACAAUGCUUUAACAUCCGUUGGCAAAUGUGUGUGUGUGUGUGUGUGUGCGUGCGUAUGUGGCCAAAACACCCGCAACAAAUUGUGAAACACUUGAAAAGUCCCGUCUGCCUGAUGGUGGAGGGUUUCAACCAAAGCUUAGUUCUCAGAUGCAGUCAUGCAGCAUCAGCACUUCAAAAAAUGUAUCAGUCUUCAGAAUAUAUCCUGUUUCCUUUUUUUUGUGUGUUUUCUGCACCACCUGAUGUCAAAGACUGUCGCACAGCGUCACCGUCUCACUACAGCGUCCCAAAUAUCAGUUAUGUCCUCUUUCAUUGUACUGUUUCAGUGUCGUUUCAGCUGAAAGGGGCGAGGUUACGUUCAGUUAACGGUAUAUGAACACGGGGAGUUUAAUAAAGAAGUGUGAUUUCCUUUAUGGGUCUAA